UGACCCACUACUCACUUCGCCAUCCAAAAUCUAAUUCUACUUUUUCAUCAUUCAAGUCCCUAGUUCUGCAACAUUUUUCUACUGCUUCAACCUCAUUUACUCAAACACAACCCAGAACUUGCUUAUUAAAUUGAAUCAGCAAGGAAGUGGAUCUUCACUUGUAGCAAUGAGAACGAGACUUCUGUGCUCAAUUCACUUCCUAGCCAUCCUUCUCUUGUUCAAUGUAAACUCAACUCUUGCUGUCUUAUCUAGCAAUAGUGGCACCUCUAGUUAUUUUGGUGGGAAUGAGACAGAUUAUCAGGCUUUGUUGGCCUUCAAGACAAAGAUAACACAAGACCCUGGAAAAGUUUUGAGCUCGUGGAAUGAUUCUCUCCAUUUCUGCCAAUGGGAAGGUAUAACGUGUGGCCGCAAGCAUAGAAGAGUCACUGUAUUAAACCUUACGUCCAGAGGAUUGGUGGGUUCCUUGUCUCCACACAUCGGCAACCUCAGCUUCGUGAGGGAAAUCAUUCUCUCGAACAACACCAUUGGAGGCAAGAUUCAUAAUGAAGUUGGUCGUCUAUUCAGGUUGCAAGUAUUGAGAUUGACUAACAACUCCUUCCAAGGAGAAAUUCCUGCAAACCUUUCCCAUUGCUCCAACCUCAAGUACCUUAGGGUCGGUCUUAAUAACCUUUCAGGGUCAAUCCCAAUGGAGUUUGCUUCUUUGUCAAAGCUAGUAGAAUUUUCUGCUCACUUAAACCAUCUCACUGGAGAAAUCCCACCUUUCAUUGGAAAUCUUAGCUCUCUCCAAACUUUAUCUGUAGUCUAUAAUGUCUUGGGAGGACAGAUUCCAAGUGCCUUAGGUCAACUAAGAAGCUUAGAACAUCUUGCACUGGGUGGAAAUAAACUCUCGGGUUUGAUUCCUUCGUCUUUGCAUAAUCUUUCAUCUAUAAUUGAUUUUUCAGUGGGUGGAAAUGAGCUUAGUGGAAGUCUUCCCACAGACUUAUUCCUCAACCUUCCCCAUCUCCAAUGGCUUCAAAUUGCUGCAAACCAAUUUACUGGGUCUCUUCCAACCUCAUUAUUUAAUGCUUCAGAGCUACAAUCCAUAGAAGCUGAAGUAAACUAUUUUACCGGAAAAGUUGCAGACAAUUUUGGAGGCUUACAACGUUUGGAAAAGUUACUUAUUAAUGUAAAUAAUUUAGGAAGCGGAGAUGCUGAUGAAUUGGAUUUCUUUAAAUCUCUAGUCAACUGUAGCCGUUUGCAGAACUUGAUCCUCUCAGAAAAUCAAUUCAAAGGUAUGUUACCAAAUGUUUUGGGAAAUCUUUCAACCCAACUUGAAUUUUUUAUGAUCAGCAACAAUCUUAUUUUUGGGGAAAUCCCUUCAGGGAUAGGUAAUUUGAUUAGCAUGAUCCACUUAUGGAUGGAUGGAAACAAAUUCACAGGCACAAUCCCAAGUGAUAUUGGUAAUCUCCAAAAGUUACAAAGAUUAUUUUUACAUAACAACAAACUCUCAGGAAGGUUACCAAUUACCCUUGGAAACCUGUCUUCAAUAAGUGUCAUGCAUUUAGAAAAUAACAUAUUGCAAGGAACUAUCCCAUCAAGUAUAGGAAAGUGCAAAAAUCUGAAUUUGUUAAAUCUAUCUCAAAACAAUCUUAGUGGCCCCAUUCCAAAACAACUCUUUGCAAUUUCCUCCUUGUCAAAUUCACUUAAUUUAGCUCGAAACUUUUUAAUUGGAUCAUUACCAUCAGAGGUUGGCAAUCUUAUCCAUUUAGCAGAAUUGGACAUAUCUGAGAACAAGUUGUCUGGUGAAAUUCCAAGUAGCCUUAGCUCCUGCACCAGCCUUAAGUACCUUUACAUGGAAGGCAAUUUCUUUCAGGGAGUAAUUCCAACAUCUUUGAGUACUUCAAGAGGUAUUCAAGUUAUGGAUCUUUCUCGAAACAAGUUGUCAGGUCAAAUUCCAAAUUUCUUGGAUAAACUUUCCUUGAAGAAUUUGAAUUUAUCCUUCAAUGAUUUUGAGGGAGAGGUUCCAACAAAAGGAGUUUUUGCAAAUGCUAGCGCACUAUCAAUUGUAGGAAACAAUAGGCUUUGUGGGGGCAUAUUGAAACUAAAGUUGCCUAGGUGCUUAACAAAAGAAAAGAAGAAAACGAAGAGGCCUCUUACAAUCGAAAUUUUAGUUUCAAUGGCUUGUGUGAUUCUAGCAGUAACCACAGUGUCAUUUUUCUUAUUUUCUUGGCACAAAAAUAGAAGAAGAGAAACCACUUCGGGAUCUUACUUGAGAAAAUUACUUCUGAAAGUAUCUUACCAAAUGCUCCUUAAAGCAACUGAUGGGUUCUCUACAGCAAAUUUAAUUGGUAUGGGUAGUUUUGGCUCAGUGUAUAAAGGCAUCCUUGGUGAGGAUAGAUCAAUUGUUGCAGUCAAGGUACUAAAUCUUCAACGUAGAGGAGCUUUUAGGAGCUUCAUCUCUGAGUGUGAAACCUUGAAAAAUAUUCGUCACCGAAAUCUUGUGAAGAUCAUAACUUCUUGCUCAAGUGUGGAUUUUCAUGGUAAUGAUUUUAAGGCUCUAGUCUAUGAGUUCAUGCCCAAUGGAAAUCUAGAAAAUUGGUUACAUGAUUUGGAAAAAGAUUUUGGGCAAGUAGAGAUACAAAAUUUGAACCUUCUUCAAAGAAUAAACAUUGCCAUUGACGUUGCAUGUGCACUCGAUUAUCUACAUCACCAUUGCCCAGUGCCAGUUGUUCACUGUGAUUUAAAGCCAAGUAACAUUCUUUUCGACUAUGAUAUGAUUGCUCAUGUUGGAGAUUUUGGACUUGCAAAAUUUCUUUUAGAACAAACAAAUCUGAAGCAAAGCAGCUCAAUUGGAAUAAGAGGAACAAUUGGGUACACUCCUCCAGAGUACGGUUUAGGAAGUGAAGUGUCAACUAAAGGGGAUGUCUAUAGUUAUGGAAUCUUAUUGUUGGAGAUGAUAACAGGAAAGAGACCUACAGAUAGUAUGUUUGAUGGAGGCUUGAAUCUUCACAACUACGCUAGCAUAGCCUGGCCUAACUGUGUAUUGGAGAUUGCGGACCCAAAACUUUUAAACAAUAAUGAUGAAGUAAUUGGCAAUCACAAUUGCACCCCAACAAAUAGAACGAAUGAGUGUUUGAUAUCCAUGGUGAAGCUUGGCUUGGCAUGCUCUAUGGAGUUGCCACAAGAACGAUGGGACAUUAGCAAGGCCAUCUCUGAGUUGCAAUUGGUCAGGGACAUUCUUCUUGGCGCUGGGAUUUAAUGCAACAUGCUUGGCCAUACGGAAGGCUCAUAAAGUUUUACAAUGGAAGGAAGAACUUUUUGGCCUGCUUAAUAAACAUGCUUAUGGUUUACUGAGAAGUACUCUGCGUAGUGCUUAUAUUACUCAUCUUACAUAUGUAUAUUAUAUGUAACUCCAAAUAAAUUGAUAUUAUGCUUGGAAAAGUAAUUAUAUAUCUAA